AGCAAAUCAAUGAAAAGCGUUGAAUAAGUCAACUUGACUUCACUGCAAACUUCUUAUCAUAGCUUUUUGCCGGUCUCCGUCCAAUUUCUAAUAAAUAACGAAAAGUAUAAUUCCAAGAUAAUACAAAUAUGUCAGUUCAAACUAUUUUGUUGGAUUUUUCUAUGGAUCCUGCUCGUUUAGGUGAUGAAAGUGGACAAAAAGCUGUAUUUAGCCAGUUGGAAACUGUGCUUAAGGAUUAUGUACCUAAUCUGAUCUUAGCUGCUGAUAUUAAAAUAGACGGUGGAUCAUUAAAACUCUUAACUGGAAAGAAGGGUACAACUGUGUCCGUGAGAUUGUUUGAUCGUGGUCUUGUCACGGUGAAUAUUGAAUAUUAUAAAGAGGACAACGUGGAACCAUUAAUCAGUUUCAAGUGUUCAAAGCUAAUGGAAAGUUCAGUACGAAUUUCUUUGGAGUGUGACAGACUAAAGCUUAUGCCAACAAUCAAAAGGGGUUAUAAAUAUGAUGUUUAUUUAACCAGCUCAGACGAAAGAUUGCUUGAAUAUGACAUUGAUGGUGUUUUGUUUGAUGAACAAUCGUCAUUCCAGAAGAUCCAAAUUGUACACUCCAAGUCUUUUGGUAAUAUGCUGGUGCUAGAUGAUUUACAAAAUAUUUCAGAGGCUGAUCUUAUUUAUACUGAAACAUUGAUGCAAAGAGGCAAAGAAAGCUACGAAGGAAAGGAAAUCGUAAUCUUAGGGGGCGGCGAUGGGGCCCUCCUGUACGAGCUUCUGAAAGAGAACCCAAAGUAUGUUUGGAUGUUGGAAAUAGACGAGCUUGUUAUGAAAGCUUGUAACAAACACCUCAAGUCGAUCUGUGGAGAUGUGUUGGAGAGAAGAAAGGGAUCCAAUUUUGAGAUAAUUGUAGAAGAUUGCAUGUUGACCGUGAAGAAGUUCACAAGCGAGAAUAAAAAGGUUGACUACGUGUUCGGUGACCUUACCGACAUACCGAUAUCAGAGUCCGCGUGCGGAGAGCUGUGGGAGUUCAUGAUGAACAUCCUGCGGGCCUCCUUCGACAUACUGCGACCCACUGGCAAGUUUAUGACACACGGAAAUGGAGCGACGUCGCCCGAGUCGCUAAAGCUAUACGAACAGGUAUUGGUUAAAAUGAAGCCGGCGGUGACGUUUUCGAAAUGUAAGGCAUUCGUGCCCUCCUUCUUGGAAGACUGGAUCUUUUACCAAAUAGCUUUUAAAAAUCAAAAUGGCGACGAUUAAUGACCAAAGAAUUAUAUUGUUAAACUAAGCUACGUCAUAAGUUCCAAAUGUUCGACCUAGUUGUCCCUUCGUGAUAAUAUAAUAGUUAAGCACUUUUAUUCUACUAACUAAUAAUUUCAACCCGUAACACAGUUGAGGGUGUGAUUUCUUCAAAUAGACUAGGAAUCGAGGGAUUAAAUAAAUUAAAUUAAUAAUAAUUUUAAUCACACAAACGUUACGAACCCGAAUACGGAAUAUAUGCAUGCCCAAAAAAUCAACACAAUACUUUUUCAUUAGCUUGUGUUUCGAAUGCUUAUCUCUUUAAGACUCCUAACUACCCUAAUUGCAGUAAUAUAAACUGUUUUAAUGUUUAACUGUCUUCAGAUUGAUUUUCGAACAACAUUUUUUCUUUUUUGUUUUACAAACAAAAAAGCAUUUUGUUGCAGACCGUUCAAAAGAACUAAAAAUUCUAUCUACAAAUGUUCCGUAGUCGGUUUAAUAAAUAAGGCUAGUGCCUCCCAUGUCGAUAAUAGUUUACAUAGUCAAAACUUUAUAGGCAUUAACUGGCAACACUGUCAAUUUCGAAUUUUAUAUUGAUCGAGUUUAGCACUUUCAGUAUCGUAUGUACAAAGUAUGAUCCGAAACAGUGGUUUCAAAUGUAACCCUUACUAAGUUGUAAGUUUCGAUAAAUAUUCGAAGUAUUUAUAUUUAGACGGGUAUUAGUUUAUGAUGUAAUCAAUAUUGAUUCUACAAAAACAGCAAUGGGACAGUCUUAUGUCAAAACAAUAUGAUUUCAAUUAAAUUGAAAUCACAAAAAAAAAACUCGUCGCGAUAUGAUAAAUAAUUGCUAUCGUAUUACCAUAAGAAACAUUCACAAACUAUUCACGGGCAACGACAUGAAAUUUAAGUUUUAUUUGAUUUAGCACAAUAACAAUUAAAAUAGUACACAAUAUACAUUUACUUCCGUUGUUUAAUUAUUUAUACUUUUGAUCUGUCAUUGUACACUAAAUUAUUUUUAAAAUGGUUUUAACGAAUUAAAUCUGCAUAAAUUUUUCAAAGAAAAAACUUUUUACUCGAGAGGAACUAGUUGAGACAAAUACCAGUGUCUCAUGGAAAAAGGACAAAAUGAAACCACGUUAUUUAUGGAUGUUCCCUUAUAAUGUAAUCCGUGGAAGGCUAUAUUUAUACGAUGCGAAUUAUCAUGACCCUCGACCGUUCCAUUCCAUACAUGGCCACUUGGUUCAUUCAGAUGAAUUAAAACGUGUAGUAAAUAGAAUUCACAUUUCAAUAUUUUCGGGUUGUGUAACUGCAACCUCACAAUGUAUUAUCCAUUGUAAGAACGUUUGUCUCGAUAGUAAUUGUAUUCGCUAUUAAUAUUUAUCAAUUUCUGCUAUUAAUAUAGUGAAUAUUUAAAGUCGACUGCCGAAGUUUGAAACCAAUAUCCUGGAGUUGAUAUUUUUUAAUAUGACUGGAUUUAUUUUCUAAGUGAAGUUGAUAAAAACUUGAAUAGUCUAGGAUUUGGGAAUUUAUCCAAAAAGUUAGAUGAUCACAUUCAUUUAUAUCAUUCGGUCGUUCUUAUUCAGAAUAAUUGUUGGUUAUUAUUAUUGACUAUUAACUUUCGUACAACACGCUGUUAAUUUAGUGACUAGUUUUGUUUUUGAAUUAUUUUUAGUGCACCAUUCAAGUUACUGUUAGGCCAUGUAUCUAUUGUUUGUGCUUGUUUCUUUGUUUUAUGAAUAAAGUAUUUGAAUUAA